AUGGCUACGUCAUCACUGUCUUCUUCCAUGACAGAGGAAUCAGAUCCUGGAUCUGAUUCUGUCGACAAUGUAAAGAUUGAUUUAGGUACUGUUGGAGCUGAAGAUGCCAAAGUGUUGACAAUUGCCGAUGUAUUGAACACUCGAGAGCUCAAAGUGACUAGUAAGAAGACGUUAAUUGACUUUGAGGGAUGGGAAAGUAUUGCUGGCACGGAAACGGUACACGAUGCAGUAUUGACCAUGACACAACGUAAUAUUGGGUCACUUAUUGUGACCGAGGCGAAAGAAGGGAUUGUUGGCAUUGUGACUGAACGAGAUAUUAUCAAAAAGAUCUCACCACGUAAAAUUCUACGUGAGGAGAAGUUUGUACGUGAUAUUAUGUCGUCUCACAUUAUGUGCAUCCAUCCCAGUACUACUGUGAUUGAUGCAUUAGCAACCAUGACGAAGGAAAAUAUUCGACAUUUGGCGGUAGUGAGCGGUGACAUGACGAGUGCUGUGAAGCGAGGAGCGGUACAGGAGGAGGAUAUGCGUUGUGUGCUGUCAAUCACGGAUAUUGUUCGCGCGUAUGCGGAGUUUGAGGCUUCAAAGAAUAUUAUGAUGAAACUACACGACGGUAGUACAGCCAAGAAUGAGGCAGGGAAAGAUAAAAACGCGAAGAAUAAUGAAACCAUGACAUCAGCGACUGAGACUGCCGAGACGGACACAAAGAAAAACGCAGCCGAUGGUUCGGCGGCAACGUCUACGACGUCAACGACUCCAAUCGUGACUGCAGCAACGCUACUAAAGAAAAAGCACAAGAGAGUUAGGCUGAUCCUUAACACACGACCUGAAGAUAAUGUCACCGUGGCAGAAGCAGUGGAGGAAAUGGCCAAACGUGAUUUUGGUGCCGUUCUUGUAGUGGACAAAGAGCAGCGCGUGCUCGGAAUUUUCACAGAGCGUGACUACAUCCGCAAGGUGCUUUUCGAGCUGAAAGAUCCAACCAAGCUUCUUGUGACGGAUGUGAUGUCAUCCGUGGCUUCGGUUAUUCAGGUUGAAGACUCGCUGGAGAAGUGCUGGGAUUUGGCAGCCACUUCCAAUUGUUGCCACUUUCCUGUGAUAGGUGUGCGCCAGGAUCGCGAGAAGGAACUUGCUGGUAUUUUAUCUAUUAAGGACAUUGUGCGCGAGAUUUCGAAGCACCAUCACGCCACGCCUGGUUUCCGUCUUAUGGAGUUUUUAAAAUCCAAGAUGGAGACUAAGCGUGUGGAGCCUAAGCCCGAUCAAAAGGUAGAGUCUGUACCAGAGCCCAAGGUUGAAGCAUUAACCAAAGCAAAGCCAAAGGUGUCCUUCACUCCGACAGGAGCAAAGGAUUCCGAGGUUGCCCCAUCUGCAGAUGUGGGAGCCUCACGGCUAGAUCUUAGCGCUGAAGUGGAGUCGAAGACGGCUACACCUGGUAAGGCUUAG